AUGGCAAAUUCGAAGUUCGAAUAUGUUAAGAGCUUCGAACUGCCCGACACCCUCCUACCCAACACCUGGGUGGUAGUGAGGAUAGAUGGUCGGGGCUUCACAAAGCUUUGUGCGAAAUAUAACUUUGAGAAGCCCAACGACAAGCGAGCGCUGGAUCUUAUGAAUGCGGCUGCGAAGGCGGUGAUGGCAGAUCUCCCUGAAAUCACCAUUGCAUACGGAAUCAGUGACGAGUAUAGCUUCGUCUUCCACAAAUCAUGCACCCUCUUCGAGAGGCGAGCUAGUAAGCUCGUCAGCACCAUAGUAUCAACCUUUACCGCCCACUACAUCUACUCCUGGUCAACUUAUUUUCCGGACGCGCCUCUGUCGCCUCCUCUGCCCAGCUUCGAUGGUCGCGCCGUCUGCUACCCGUCAGUACAGAACUUGCGCGACUACAUGAGCUGGCGGCAAGUUGACUGCCACAUCAACAACCUUUACAACACCACAUUCUGGGCUCUGAUACAGCUGGGAGGCGUGGACAACCGUGAAGCAGAACAGCUCUUGGCGGGGACGGUAUCGGGCGACAAGAACGAGAUUCUUUUCUCAAGAUUCCACAUCAACUACAACAACGAACCCGAGAUGUACAAAAAAGGGAGCGUCGUCUUCCGAGACUACGAGCUCGUUGAACCCGGAACCCACAACGCUGAGAGGGAUGCCGACGCUCUGGCAGAACCGCUGCAGCAUACCAAGUCGCAGGCUGAGAAGGACAGGAAACGUCGCGGAAAGGCACCCAUCGUCGUCCAGCAUCUCGACAUCAUCAAGGAUGACUUCUGGGACAGGAGGCCGUGGUUGCUGUCGAACAAGCCGGGAAAGGUGCCGAAAGAGCCAUGA